AUGUCCAACCAUGACAACAACCCAUUCACACUCAAGUCCACUGCACACUAUAUGCAGUGGCGGGAGCACAUUGCCAUGUCACUUCGAGCCCAAGGCCUGUGGAACUUUGUGUUUGACAAUGUCAAGGAGCUGGUUGUGCUACAAUCACUGAUCAAGGGGAAGGAAGACGACCCCCAGGCCAUCAUGUGGCACCUUGACAAGGAGCUGCGGCCCAAGACCAACGCCAUGUGCAUGGAUCUCCUCUGCAACUUUGUCAGCAUUCGCCGCAAGCCAGACAAGGAAAUAGAAGUCUUCUUUGUGUGCAUUGAGGCCGCCCAGGCAGAGCUGGAGGAGAGUGGCAUGGUUGCCAGCCCAGCCUACCAGCUCCUGGCCAUCCUGGAUGGCCUGCCACCCAAGUACAACGCCAUCCACGCCAUCAUCAAGUUGGAGGACAGGAUUGACAUGGACGCAAAGCCCCAGGACAAGCCCAUGUGCUACUACUGCCACAAGCCAGGACAUGUAUGGCUGGACUGCCCCAAGCUUCACGCAGCCAGACAGACCAGGUCACGCGCCAACGCUGCUACAGACAACGCCAACAGCAGCAGCAAGGACAAAACCAUUCUCUCCAUCACCAAUCAAGUCAACAUCAUCAGCAACGAAACAGAUAGCUGGUACCUCAACUCCAGUGCGACCCAACACAUCACUUGCUGGAAGGACCUCCUACACAACUUCGUCAACUACAGCCACAAGGACCAUGGCCUGCUACUUGGCAACAACUACCAGUGCCCAGUCCUCAGUCGCGGAACAAUCAAGGCCACCAUCACCAUCAACAGAGCAGCAUGA